AGCUGCAGAAAGGGAAACAGUGUGUGAGGGGAAGAGGCCAAUUUCACUACCCCGGUGUCUCUAGUUCUCGCUCGCUCUCUCUUUCUCUAAGGGUGUGCAUAGGGAAGAAGAGAAGGAACUCUAUAAUUAGCUCCCCCCUUUUUUUUUUGCAGAAGGGGAAAAAGCAUACAUUUAUUAAUGCCAUUCUGUUGCACGAGUGCUUUUUUUGGGCUUAAUACCUCGCAACCAAAUAAUUGCACAAACUCCUUGGUACUGAUUCCGCCCACAGAAGCCAGUCCUGGAGUCAGACUCUUUUUUGCUUUGCAUGGUCGGAAAGAGACUAAGUAAUACAGACUAUGUUGCUUUCUUGAGAGCUGAGGGCACUUGUGAACUGGAAUCAACUGCUGCAGGGUGAAAAAAAAAAACUGCCUGGGAGGAGAACGAAAAAAAAAACUUGCAUUGGAGGAUUCAGCAACCAGCAUUAAAGAAACUACUCUUCACUUUAAAGCGGUCUCCAGAUUUUCUGAAAGCGAGGGAGACAGCCAACGGCACCACGGUGAGAGAAGAGCUUGCCUGGAACUACAACUCCUCAGCAAGGGGCUGAGUAUUUUUUGGGGGGAGGGGUGGCGGGAGGGCAUCUCUUCGGGACUUUCGUUAUCCUCUCGUUCCACCACCACCUCUCCCGUGAAGUUGAGGUUUCCCCUCACCUCACUCGCCCCAUUUUUUCUCGUUUUUGGUGUGUGUGUGGGUGGGUGUGGUGUAUUUCGUUUUGGGUACUUUGGAGGGUGGGGGGGGACCCUGGCGAGCUAUCGUGCAGCUGCCGCCGUCAGUGUGUGAGUUUGAGCCGGGGACAUGGUGCAGCAGACGAACAACGCGGAGAACACGGAAGCGCUCCUGGCCGGCGAGACCUCCGACUCCGGGGCCAGCAUCGAGCUGGGCAUCGCCUCUUCCCCGACGCCGGGUUCCACCGCCUCCACCGGCGGCAAGGCGGAUGACCCGAGCUGGUGCAAGACCCCCAGCGGGCAUAUCAAGCGGCCCAUGAAUGCUUUCAUGGUGUGGUCGCAGAUCGAGAGGCGAAAGAUCAUGGAGCAGUCUCCAGACAUGCACAACGCCGAGAUCUCCAAGCGGCUGGGCAAGCGGUGGAAGUUACUCAAGGACAGCGACAAGAUCCCUUUCAUUCGGGAGGCGGAGCGGCUGCGCCUCAAGCACAUGGCAGACUACCCAGACUACAAGUACCGGCCCAGGAAGAAGGUGAAAUCGGGUAACGCCAGCUCCAGCUCCUCCUCUACCUCCUCCUCGUCCUCCUCCAAGCCCGGGGAGAAAGGAGACAAGGUCGGCGGCGGCGGCGGCGGUGGCAGCAGCAGCAGCAGCAACAGCAGCAGCGGCAGCAGUUCGGGAGGCGGGGGAGGCGGCGGCGGCGUCGGCGGCAGCGGCAGUAGCAGCAGCGCCAACUCCAAACCCGCGCUGAAAAAGAGCUGCGGCUCCAAGCUGUCCGGCGGCGGCGCGGGCGGCGGGGGCGGCAAACCUCAUGCCAAGCUGAUCCUGGGAAGCGGCGGCGGCGGCGGCAGCAGCAGUAAAGCCUCCGCCUCCUCUUCGUCCUCCUUCGCCCCGGAGCAGACGGCAGCGACCGCUGCCCUGCUCCCCCUGGGCGCCCCUGCUGACCACCACUCGCUCUACAAGUCCCGGACUACCAGCACCUCCUCCACUUCUUCCUCCGCUUCUUCUUCCUCCUCCUCUUCCUCGGCCUCCUCCUCCUCCUCCUCCUCGGCCUCCUCUUCCCUCUCGGCCUCCAGCAAACACCUGGCCGAGAAGAAGCUGAAGCGCGUGUACAUGUUCGGCCUCACCUCCUCGUCCCCCGUGAGCGGGGCCGUGCCCGCCAGCCCCAGCCUGAGCGGGGGCCAGGAGACCAGCGACGCGGGCAGCCUGUACGAGGAGGGCGGUGCGGGCUGUCCGCCGGACGGGCACAGCCUCCGCGGCAGCGCCGCCUCGUCUCCUGCCGACGGUGGCUCCCCGGCCGACCACCGCAACUACACCAGCCUGCGGGCCGCGUCGCCCACUCCCUCCACCGCACACUCCCACUCUUCAUCCUCCUCGUCGUCCUCCUCCUCCCACUCCUCCUCGUCCUCCUCCGUCUCUUCUUCCUCGGAUGAGGAGUUUGAGGACGACCUGCUCGACCUGAACCCCAGCCCAAGUUUUGAAAGCAUGUCUCUGGGCAGCUUCAGCUCCACCUCCGUGCUGGACCGGGACCUGGAUUUUAACUUCGAGCCUGGCUCGGGCUCACAUUUUGAAUUCCCGGACUACUGCACGCCGGAGGUAAGUGAGAUGAUCUCGGGGGAUUGGCUAGAGUCCAGCAUCUCCAACCUGGUCUUCACUUACUGAAGAGAGCGAGCGAGACAGAAGAGGGACGGGAGGAAAGAAAAAAAUUUUUUAAAGGAGAGACAGAGAGGAGAGGAAAAAAAAAGAAGACGCGAAGGAGAAAAUGGAUAAAGAGUGGACAAAAGGAAAAAGAAAGAUGUGAGAAGGGGAAAGAUUUCGCACACCCACGCCCACUUAACAAGUUACAGUAUCCAGAGGAGUGAGGGAUUUCUCUGCCAGCCCGGUGCGGUUUUUUUUUGGGCGGUGUUCCUCACCCCCACAUUGAUAUUGCACCCCCUUCUCCCCAAACCCCCUCCCCCCCGGGUUCGUAAAACUGACUUGUUCGAAAAGAUUGAAAAGGGGGACCUGGAAGGAGCAGGGUGGAAAGGAUCGUUCUUUUGUUAAAACUACGUUUCCACCCCUUGCUCGAAGAGACACCCCCACUGCUACCCCACCCCCCCCAACCAACAACACAGACCCACAACCAACUCACACAAACGGACACUUCCGGACGUCUCACCCCAGGAAAAAAAAGCCAGGUUGUUGCUUUUCCAUAAGACUGCUUGGAGUCGCUCCCCAUUCCUCCCCCCUCCCCCCCUUUUUGGUGUGGGUUUUUUUUUUUUAAGAAGGAGAUACAAUCCUACACACCUCGGGGGGUUUGUUUUCGGCCCACUUCAUCUGAAGAAGGAAAAAGUGCUACAUUGUGUUGUAAUUUUUGCGUAGUUACGUUUUUUCUUUUUUCUUUCCUUGAAAGAUCCGGACUGGUAGGGGGUGAUUUGCGCGCCCGCGCAUUCAAGCCAGAACUGAAGCCUUCCUUUGCUACAAAUUCCAGUUUGGUGGUGGUUGUUUUUUUUUUUUUUCUUUCCUUUUUCCUGCAGCAGGAGGAGGAGGCGAUGGAGGGCGGGGGCGGGAGAGGAGGAGAGAUUGAAUUGUGCUAGGAAAUGGACUGAGAACCUAGUUGGAAGGAAAACGUGAGGGGGGUAGGGGGGUGGGAGAGAAAGGAGAUGAACUGGAAAUGGGGAAAAUAAUAAUAAAACAAACGGAUUUGCACGUAUAGAGGAGAGGGUAGCAGCGCUUUUUCUCGGCCACCUUCUUAAUUAUAUAUAUAUGAAACCAGUAAGAUGGAACUUCAUAGACACUGAAAAGUUUUGGAAAGGAGACAUACAAAACGUGAAAGUUUCUGUAUUGAUGUGGUACAGGGGAAAUGGAGGGCGAUUGCUUUUAAAAAAAAAAACAAAAACAUUUUUUCUUCUCUUAAUCGGAAUCGUGAUGGUGUUGGAUUAUUUCACUGGUGGGGUUAAUAUAGCAUGUUAUCCUGUCUAUCUUUUAAAGAUUUCUGUAUAAGACUGUUGAGCAGUUUUUAAGAUAAAUAGUGUAGGAUAAUAUAAAAAAAGCAGAUAGAUGGCGCUAUGUUUGAUUCCUACAAACAACAAAAAAUUAUCACCAGCUUUUUUUCAUUCUUAACUCUUUAAAGGAUUCAAACGCAACUCAAAUCUGUGCUGGACUUUGAAAGAACAAUUCAGGACCAAAUUUUUUCUCAGUAUGUAUGUGUUUCUUCCUUAUAGGUGUAAGUGAGAAGACUGUGGUCUUUUUUUUCCUCACCGAUGCUCCAUCCUCGUCUUUUUUUCCUUGUAAAUGUAAUCAGAUGCCAUUUUAUAUGUGGAAGUAUUUAUACUGGCCAAACAUUUUUUACUUAUUUUGUCCCCCUCCCCCCCUUUUUUUUUGGUAGUUCUUGUUACCCACACCAUUUUAUGUCUCCUUCACUGAAGGGCUAGAGUUUUAAGUUUUAAUUUUUUAUAUUUAAAUGUAGACUUUUGACACUUUUAAAAAAACAAAAAAAGACAAGAGAGAUGAAAACGUUUGAUUAUUUUCUCAGUGUAUUUUUGUAAAAAAUAUAUAAAGGGGGUGUUAAUCGGUGUAAAUCGCUGUUUGGAUUUCCUGAUUUUUAUAACAGGGAGGCUGGUUAAUAUCUCUCACACAUUUAAAAAAAUCAGCCCCUAAUUUCUCCAUGUUUACACUUCAAUCUGCAGGCUUCUUAAAGUGACAGUAUCCCUUAAUUUACCACCAGUUUCCACUCUCUAACCUCACUCAUAAAAAGGAGAGAAUAAGCUGAUACACUGUAUGCCAACAAGGAAAAAAAAAUUAAUGAAAUGAUAUACUGUACAGAUGCUUUAAAACUGGUGUAUUUUCAGCAAAAAGGGAUCCUGUAGCUUUAACUUAUAAACCAUAUCUUUUUGCACUUUUUUUAUAAGCAAAAACGUGCCGUUUAAACCACUGGAUCUAUCUAAAUGCCGAUUUGAGUUCGCGACACUAUGUACUGCGUUUUUCAUUCUUGUAUUUGACUAUUUAAUCCUUUCUACUUGUCGCUAAAUAUAAUUGUUUUAGUCUCUUAUGGCAUGAUGAUAGCAUAUGUGUUCAGGUUUAUAGCUGUUGUGUUUAAAGAUUGAAAAAAAGUGAAAACAUCUUUGUACAUUUAAGUCUGUAUUAUAAUAAGCAAAAAAAGAUUGUGUGUAUGUAUGUUUAAUAUAACAUGACAGGCACUAGGACGUCUGCCUUAUUAAGGUAGUUCCGUUAAGGGGUUUUUUUGUUGUUGUUUUCUUUUUUGUUUUUGUUUUUUACUUUUUUUGGUCAUCCAUCCUGUGCAAUAUGCUGUGUAGAAUAUUUGUCUUAAAAAUCAACGCCACACCACAAUGUUUUGGGAAAAAAGAAAAAAAAAGAAAAAAAAAUCAUGCCAGCUAAUCAUGUCAAGUUCACUGCCUGUCAGAUUGUUGAUAUAUACCUUCUGUAAAUAACUUUUUUUUGAGAAGGAAAUAAAAUCAGCUGGAACUGAACCCUAAAACUUGA